CAGUCCAGUCCAGUCCAGUCCAGCCCCUGAUCAGCUUAGACGUCAGCCAGACACACUCCUCCACGUCGCAGCUGGACAGAAGCCUGAUGUCUGUGCAACCAGCCGGCAGGCCAUCACUGUUACCUCUCUGUCUCCCCGUCUCUGCAAUUGGUCUUCAUGUUAAUUCUUGAUAGAGCACCCCGCCACACCGGAUAGAGCUGCCUUGGUCCCGUUGGUCUACGAUGGAGCGGCUGUGGUUGUCCUUACUGUUCCUGGCCGUGGCCUGCAAGGGCCAGCCCUGUCCCAAGCGCUGUAUGUGCCAGAGCCUCUCUCCGUCACUGGCCAUCCUCUGCUCCAAGACAGGGCUGCUUUUCGUGCCCUCGGCCAUCGACCGGCGCACCGUGGAGCUGCGACUGCAGGAAAACUUCAUAACAGCGGUCCGAAGGAGAGACUUUGCCAACAUGACAAGCUUACUCCACCUGACUCUGUCCAGAAACACCAUCAGUCAGAUCCUCCCCUCAGCCUUCAGCGACCUGCGCCGCCUCAGGGCUCUCCACCUGGACUCAAACAGGCUCACUGUGAUAAAGGAUGACCAUUUCAAGGGGCUGACCAACCUGCGCCACCUGAUCCUGGCCAACAACCAGCUGCACUCCAUCUCCCCGCACGCCUUCGACGACUUUGUGACCACGCUGGAGGACCUGGACCUGAGCUACAACAACUUGGCACAGGCGCCCUGGGAGACGGUGGGGCGUCUGACCAACGUCAACACCCUCAACAUGGACCACAACCUCAUUGAGAACGUCCCCCAGGGGGUUUUCACCAACCUCCACAAGCUGGCAAGGCUGGAUAUGACGUCCAACAAGCUGAAGAAGAUUCCCCCAGAUCCACUGUUCCUGAGGAUCCCGGUUUACGCCAAGUCUCGGGGCUCCCCGCUGUCGUCGCUGGUGCUGAGCUUCGGCGGGAACCCGCUCCACUGUAACUGUGAGCUGCUGUGGCUGCGGAGGCUGACCCGCGAGGACGACCUGGAGACCUGCGCCUCCCCCGACGACCUCAGCGCCAAGUACUUCUGGACCAUCCCCGAGGAGGAGUUCAUAUGUGACCCACCGGUGCUGACCCGGAAGUCGCCGCGCACGCUGGGCCUGGAGGGCCAGCCCGCCAGCCUCAAGUGCAAAGCCAACGGUGACCCCGAGCCUGAGGUUCACUGGAUAAGCCCUGAGGGGAGACUUAUCUCCAACAGCUCUAGGACCAUGGUGUAUCCCAACGGAAGCCUGGACAUAAACGUGACGGCCCUGAAGGAUUCUGGGAACUUUACGUGCAUUGCAUCCAACGCGGCGGGCGAGUCCACGGGGCGCGUGGAGCUGGUGGUCACCGCCAUGCCGCAUUUAGCCAACAGCACCAGCCGCAGCAGAGACCCCUCGGCCGAGCCCGCCCCCUCAGACAUUCUCAUCUCCUCCAAGGCCGUGCUGCCAGGCAACGACAGCCGGGGGGCCGAGCGAAGGGUCUCUCUGGUGGAGCUGACGGGGAACUCGGCUCUAGUCCGCUGGAACAGCCAGAGCCUCACGUCGGGCGUGAGGAUGUUCCAGGUCCAGUACAACAGCUCCGGGGACGACACGCUGGUGUACAGGAUGAUCCCGUCCAGCAGCAACGACUUCCUGGUGCGUGACCUGGCGGCCGGCCGGUCCUACGACCUGUGCGUGCUUUCGGUGUUUGACGACGCCGUGACCUCGCUGACUGCCACACGUCCGCUGGGCUGCCUGUCCUUCACCACGGAGACUGAGUUCAGCCAGUGCCAGGCCCUGCACAGCCACUUCCUGGGCGGGACUAUGAUCAUCAUCAUCGGCGGGAUCAUCGUGGCGUCCGUGCUGGUGUUCAUCAUCAUCCUCAUGAUCCGCUACAAGGUCUACAGCAACCAGGGCGGCGGCAGCGGCGGCGGGGAGGGCAAGGCGGCCAUGUCCCCAUCGUCGGGCGCCGGCCCGAGGCCGCAGAGCAAUGGUCAAGGAGGAGGGGGAGGGGCGGGGCUAGGGAUGGCCAUGCCCCGCUCGGCCUCUAAAGUGACUGACAGGCAGGAGGAGCCCCACUCCAGGGUCACGUCACCCGGCCACACGCUGAGAGACACCAUGGCGCUGGUGGAGGAGGGCAGCGGCAGCCACACAGGGGCCGCCAUGAAGAGGACUGACUGUCUGGCCAAUGAGGAGCUGCUGUCGCCCACCAACUCCCGCCUCUCCUCCAGGGUUGCCAUAGAGAUGAAAAGCAGGGUGCCAUCUGUCACCAAAGAACUCACUUCUCCCAACGAACUGACAGGUAGCAAGAGAGAGAGUGUGUGUGUGUGUUUGUGUGAGUGUGAGAAACAAUGAAAGCGAAAGAACGAGAGCGGGUGAGCGAGUGAGACAUGAUGAGGGAGAAAGGGAGUGAGCGAGAGAGAGAGAGAGACAGUGAGAGACACAGAAUCAGAUUUGAGAGUUCAGCCUUGAAAGGAACCUUUCCAUUAGAGAGAGAGAUGCAGAGCAGUAAAUUAUGUUGAGGACUUGCAGAGAACAGAAAGCGGGCAAAACAAAAAUAAAUCACUCGUCAGAGAGGGAAUAAGCAAGUGGGAGGGAGACACGGUGCAACAGAGGAGGAGAGGACGAGGGUUGAACUGUGAGGAAUUGAAGAAGUGGGAAAGACAAAAAAGGUGCCACUGCAAGCGAGAUUCCGACAUUUUAGUUAGUGAGUGAGUGUGACACAGAGAGAGAGAGAAAGAGAGAGAGCACAUGCAUCUGUUGCAUGGGUUGCUAGGGUCUAGUUUUAAAUAUCGACACUUGUUCUGUAUCAGCGUUAAGCGCCUCAAGGGAACGGUUCCAAACGCCAUCAAAGAGAGCUUUAAAAAAUCGAGUCUCUCAUCCCCUUGACAACAGCAUCAUGCAUGUCUUUAAGCCUCCCUCAAAUGUUUAAAACGUCAUCCAUACCACCCACUUAUUAAUAUCCGAGCGAUCCUCAAUACUGCGAGAGCAGGUGUUUUGGAUUCCUGUUUAAAGCGAGCGAGCAUGUUUUAUUUUACGACCACAUAAUUAAUUCUACCAUGUAAACAUCCCCCAACAAACACAAAACACCCACCAUUCCGGCAGAAAUACACUUGAACGUUAAAUAAAAGGGGACUUCUUAAUGUGCCUCCCUUGGGUGGAAUCCCUUACCCCCACUCAUCACAAGCUGGUUCAGGGCAUACAUCGUCAGCACGGGUAACCCAAUGGGAAUCAAACCCCUCGCCAUCACAACUUUAAUGUCAUGCUCUACCAGUUGGGCAGGACGGACUCCAUUUCUUCUGUACAACUGCACGUUACGUGUUAUGAAGGACAGGAGUCAGAGGAGGAACCACACGUUUAAAGGAGGACCAGAGUUGUGCCACACCUGGUAUAAAGUGCUCCAGUUUUCCGGCGUAUCGGGGGCCACCGUUACUCUCUUUGUAGAACCAAGAUACGAGGCUUCGGUAAUAUAGUGCCACAUCGAGCAGCGAGAGUGACAUCGGAGAGGUGGGAGCAAGACAGGUGUGAGAGCGAGCAAGGUCGCCCAGUCCUGCAUCCCACCACGCCGUGAGGAGAGGGAUAUUUGGGUUCCUAGGGACACGUAAACUUUGGCUGCCCUUUGCAACUGCCUGUUUUCUUCUAGGUUCUGACACAUAGCUGGAGGCUUCAAAGUGAAGGGAAAGCAGAGUAGUGUAGGAAUGCUAUGUAAGCUGCAGGGCUCAGGGCUCAGAACGCAGAAUCCAUUAUCAGCUAAAAAGAUUUGAGACGCUAUUCCUAUUUUUUUUUAAGAAACGUUUCCGAGAUAUAACGUUAAAACUGAUUUUGGUUUCUUCGUUGGUCAUAUUGAGGUUUCCAUGAGGUGGUUACAGAGCUGACAGAUACUUUGUUUUAUUGUCUGGAUAUAUUUGAAGGCCAUGGUAAGGAACAGGCCAGAAGUGGGUUUAAAUAUAUAUACAUUUACAUUUACAUUACAAAUGUAAAUGUAAAAUAUAGAUAUGUAGAUAUGGCUUUGGGAAGAUAUAUAGACAAUGCCAAGCCUUGUCGCUUUCUAUUUGUUCAAUAUGCUAUUCUUAUAUCCAUUGAACUUUCUAGGACAAUAUUCCACCUGAAUCCUCAGUGAUACAUCUUCUAAUGUAAUCCCGUCCCUGUAGCCCGCCUAACGUAGACUUCAAGUCCACAGCUUUCAGAAGAAUUAUUCUUAUACAUUUAGAAUAACUUUGAAAAGGCAUUAUUUGGGUUACAUUUCAGCUCGGAGAGGACCAACUUAGGUAGGUGAAUGUAGCCAACUGAUUUGCUCACAUUAUGAAGAGAGGGUCCAGGCAUCCUUUCAAUUUAUCGCAAGGUUCAACGUUGAAUUCAGCAGGUACAUCAAAUUGAGACAAGAACAUACCUGAUCAAAUAUACAUAAUAAGAUACCAGUAUUCUGUGAUGCAAUUUACACAUACCAAAACCACUGCUGUAGUCUGCUAUAUUUCUAGGUGAGGAAAUCUAAACUGUAACAUACUGAUUAUUCGUAAAAAAUAAUAUGCAGUAUCAGUUUUUUGUGGUUAGACCUCUCCAGUGCUAAGCAUGGUCAAUCACUCUUCCCCAGUCACACAGGCCCACUCAGAGGACCUGGGCCGGGUCAGCAGCCCCGGGAUAGCUGGGCAGACCAUUUUACAUGAGGGGCUGAAAUAGCUGACUGGUAAUUCUUUAUCUGGGGAUGGGGUGGGGUGAGGUGGGGGGGCUGUGUCAUUCAAUUGGCCCACGUAAAUGAAGUUAGAUGAGAUGACAUUGAGGCUCACGCUUAUAACGAACAGCAGUAGCCAAAUAUGGAAUGGCGGCUUAGCCAGUAAGUGCUGGAGCAAUUUGAACUUUCAUCACCUCCACUGGAGUUUACGAGUGGGCUUGACACGGCACGCGUUGACAUUGCUAGCCUGCGCACGCCUGCAACAAAGAGCAUUCUUUUCACUCCUCACUCGAGCUCCAACUGACAUCUUUUGCAUUGCAUGAAAUUUGCAUUUUUAAAAUUGGUAAGGACACUGACUGUGUUUUGUAACCUAACCACACACUAGUGGGACAGCAAUAAAGGGCACAACGGUUAUAGAGACUGGGAAGACUGGGAAAAAUGUGUGUGUGCGUGUGUGCGUGCGUGCGUGGGUGUGUGUGUUCGGAGCAGAUCAGGACAUGCUAAUUAAUAAGUUAACCAUAAAUAACUCGACAGAAUGUGAGCAAAACCCCUCCAUUGCCAACCAACUUUGUUGGAGUGUGGAUGUUACUGCCAGAAGAACAAAGUUCAUCCGUUUCCCUGUUGGCCUAAUAACCUUGUGUAUCCUGUGCUCACAUAAGAUUGAAGUGUGUCAUCGCAACUUCGAAAAAAGCCAACCUUUUACAUGUAGUUGUACCUCGGUAGACUGAGAAAACAAAGAUAACACCCAACAAUUAAACGGCAGGGAGAGCACUGUUUGUGUAGCAACACAGGAGGUAGUGCAGCAGAUGUCACCCACACUAUACAUAAUGGCAAGUAGUAAUUUUGGCCUCAUGCACCAACCAUUGUUUUACUCAAGGUGCUGCUGUCCCAGCAGUUCUAUCAUAGGCGUGGGUCAUUCAAAUGUAUCACCCAAGUGGUAAUAAACAGCUUAUUUAUUUAAUGCUGACUUCUAAUGGUAAAAACAUGUGUGGGAGGACAUCUUUUCUGUUAUUCAUCCAAAAAGCCUGAAGCAAUGGUAGUAAAUCCUGCAUCCGCCUGCAACUCACCCCGACAUAAUACCUGCCUCCCUAUUAAUAACUAAUGAAAUUAUCAUUCAGAUGAACAUUUUGGACAUCUUGGACGUGGUACAAAAUACAAAUUGAAUAAACAGAGAGAGAGAGAAUUCCCUGAGAUGUCUGUUUGGCCGGCAGUUAUCACAAACAUAGUUGAGAAGCUGUUAAGCGGAGGAAUAGCACCAAACGCCAAUAAGGGACAUACUGUACAGGACAUUAUACAAAAGCAGCCUGCAUCUGCUCAGAAACAAGACUCCUUCCCCAUCUGGAGCAACGCGCCCCUAGUGCCCCCAACCACUGUUAACAAGGUGCCAGCAGCUUUUCCAGAAGCCGCGUCAGCCAUUUUGAAUGGGUGGGGGAAAAUCCUGUUUUUAUAUUGUUUUGAGCAAAGCUUGUUGUGUAGCGCACUAACAAUGGAGGUGGCGGGGGCGGCAACAGGGGCUUAUGAGUCCGCAGAGGUUGUGUGCGGGACUGCUCUGGCUGAGGCUGUAUCCACGGUGUGGCUUACACAGGAUGCUGCAAUGCAGAGAAAGACAUCAUUGAUCUGAUCAGAGAGCAGGCUGCAGUGAGUCACGGGGCCCGAGGAGGAGAGGGCCUGACACAUCACUAGAAAGGCCCCUCUGUUGUGGGAAAAAGAACCUAAACAACCAGCAGCCCUGCUGGCGUUAACAUAGCACAGCUUGUUAAAAAACGUUUUUCUGUUCCUGUUCUUUGAAGGUGCGUUCUACUACCCUGAUGUGUGGUGUAUAAUGGAGAGGGAACACUUGCCGUGUUUUUGUGUGUUUAUGGGAAUUGAAAAAGUGCUGCCCCUUGAUGAAAGUUUUCCUGGCAGUUUCCUCUUUUGUGUUCUUCUUUAAUAAAAUGGAGCCUG